AUGACUUUCGCCCGCGCACAGAACGGCGCGCACGAGCGAGGCGGUUCGCGAGGCGUCGGGCACUCACCGAUGUCUGUCGGCACCCCGGGACCGCCGUCCGGGGAAUGGGCGGCGGCAGGGAGCACGCAUGGUGUCCUGAUGCACUAUGCUGAAGCUGCGCCCCCGGCCAUGCUCGCGUUCGCGCCCCACGUGGCGCCGCAGCAGGUGUACCCGGAUAACUCCUUCUUCAUCGGCGAGGGCGACCAGAUGCACCGCGCAAACGGCGUCGUCCCACCUCAGGGGCCACCCGUGGACGUGCCGCAGGUGCCGCAGAUGUUCCUGCCGGGCGCGCACGUCGUCCACGCGGUGUCCGUGCAGCAGCAGCCGCAGCAGAACGCGCACCAGCGGCACCCGCAGCACCCACAACAGAGGCUCAUGGCUGUGCCGCUCAACCCGUCCGGCGCUCAGGCCGCGCACGCCGGGUUCGCGGCGCCCCUGCAUUCCGCCGCGAGCGUCCCCGGCGCCAGCUGGGACGUGUCCGCGCAGCUCGUGGCCGCCGGAGCCGCGCAAGGCAGCGCGCCCGACCUGCACAGCACCCACGCGCACGCGCACUCGCUCGCCCGGCCGCUGUCGCCGCUGCUGCACCAGGACGGCCACGGCAACGCGCAGCAGUACUCCGCCCACGGCCAACAGGCCACGCAGGGCUUCUCCGGGCACGGCCCGCAGGCCUCGCAGGGCAGCUCCGCCCCCCCGGCCUACAACAACCACGCGGCGCAGCUGCAGGCGCGCAGCGGGCCGCCGCCCGCCCAGGACAGCAGCUUCGGCAACUCGACCUCGAUCCUCGCGCACGCGCACACCGCCUACCGGUCCGGGCACUACCAGCGUGCGCUCGAGCUCUGCCAAACCGUACACACGCGCGAGCCUCUCCGGACGGACGUGCUGCUCCUCCUCGGCGCCGUCUACUACCAGCUCGGCCGGCUCUCCGAGUGCAUCACCUGCAACGACCGCUGCAUCAUGCUCGACCCGACGCUCGCCGAGGCCUACGCGAACUUGGCAAACGCGCUGCAGCAGCAAGGGUCAACCGACCUCGCAAUCCUGUACUACCAGAACGCGAUCCGGCUGCGGCCGGGGUUCACGGACGCGUACAACAACCUCGCGUCGGCGCUCAUUCAGAAGGGCCUCGUUGCGAACGCGAUGGAGUGCUACAACGAGGCCCUGCGCCGCAACCCCGCGCUGUCCAACGUGCGCGUGAACCUGGGCGACCUGUGGCGGUCGCAGGGCGCGGCGGGGCACCACCCCGCGCAGCAGUGCUACAGCGAGGCGCUAACGCAGGACCCGAAGUGCGCGGCGGCGUGGCGCGGGCUGGGCGACCUGAUGCGCGAGAUGGGGCAGGUGGGGUCCGCGGUGCCGUACUACCGCGCGGCGCUGCAGCACGACCCGAUGAUGGCGGAGGCGUACACAGAGCUCGGGCGGUGCCUGAAGGAGCUCGGGCAGACGAGCGGUGCGGAGCAGUGCUACCAGGAGGCGUGCCGCGUGCAGCCGAACAGCGCGCUCGCGCUCGGCAACCUCGCGGGGCUCUACUACGAGAGCGGAAAGCUCGACAUGGCCGCGCAGACGUACCAGUCGGCCAUCAAGAUCGAGCCCAACUUCCCGGAGGCGUAUAACAACCUGGGCAACGCGCUGCGGGAGCUCGGGCGCGCGAACGAGGCGAUCGCGUGCUACACGGCGUGCAUUCAGCUGCAGUACGCGCGCUCGCAGCGGCCCGGGUCGGACACGUCGCCCGCGCACAUGGCGGCGUGCGUCGCGCGCCUGACCGUCGCGUACAACAACCUCGGCGGCCUCCUGAAGGCGCAGGGGCGCAUGCACGAGGCCAUCUGCUGCUACGAGCGCGUCGUCACGCUGCAGCCGACCUCCCCGGAGUCGCACGCGAACCUCGGCGCAGCGUACAAGGACUCGACGCGCCACGAAGAGGCCAUCGUGUCGUACCGCAACUCCCUGCAGCUCCGCCACGACUUCCCCGAGGCCUUCGCGAACAUGGUGCACUCGCUGCAGUGCAUCUGCGACUGGACCGACCGGCCGCAGCUGUUUGCGCGUCUCGAGGCCGAGAUCCGCCGCGACCUCUCGAACGGCGCGCUGCCGCCCGUGCAGCCCUUCCACGCGAUGGCGUACCCGCUCCCCGCGGACCUCCCGCUCAAGAUCGCGCAGGCGUACGCGCGGCUGUGCGCCGCCAACGCGGCGCUGCUCAAGUGCCCGCCGCUCGCGCACCCCGAGGCCAAGCCGCUCGCGCGCGGGGAGCGCCUGCGCGUCGCGUACGUCUCGUCCGACUUCGGCAACCACCCUCUCUCGCACCUCAUGGGCUCCGUCUUCGGCCUCCACGACCGCACGCGCCUCGAGGUGUUCUGCUACGCGCUGUCGCCGCCGGACGGCUCGCCGUGGCGGCAGCGCAUCGAGCGCGAGGCCGAGCACUUCAUCGACGUCUCGGCGUGGUCCGUCCAGGACAUCGCGCAGCGCAUCUCCGCCGACGGCAUCCACGUAGGCGUCAACCUCAACGGGUACACAAAGGGGUCGCGCAACGAGAUCUUCGCGCUGCGCCCGGCGCCCGUGCAGUGCUCGUACAUGGGCUUCCCCGCCACCGCGGGCGCGGACUUCCUUCCCUACCUCAUCGUGGACAAGGUGGUCGCCCCCAAGGAGCUGCACCACUGCUACACAGAGAAGAUCGUACAGAUGCCGAACUGCUACUUCGUGAACGACUACAAGCAGUCGCACAUGGACGUCCUCGACGAGGCCAACGUCCCCUCGCGCGAGUCCCAGGGCCUCCCGGCCGACAAGGUCAUCUACGCGUGUUCCAACCAGCUGUACAAGUACGACCCGGACACCUUCCGGUGCUGGUGCAACAUCCUCCGCCGCGUGCCGAACUCGGUGCUCUGGCUCCUGCGGUUCCCGCCCGCCGGCGAGCCGCGCGUCAAGGCGGAGGCGGCGCGCCAGGGCGUGGAUCCGGCGCGCAUCAUUUUCACGGACGUGGCGCAAAAGGACCUGCACAUCCGGCGGUCGGGCCUCGCUGACGUCUUCCUGGACACGCCGCUGUGCAACGCGCACACCACGGGCUGCGACGUCCUGUGGUCGGGGUGCCCGAUGGUGACCCUGCCGCUGGAGCGCAUGGCCUCGCGCGUCGCCGCGAGCCUGUGCGUGGCGAUCGGGUGCCCGGAGCUCGUCGUGCGGUCGCACGCCGAGUACGAGGAGCUCGCGGUGGACCUCGGCACGAACACGGCGCGCCGGCUCGCGCUGCGGGAGCGCAUCAAACAGAGCCGGCUCUCCUGCCCGCUGUUCGACACCAAGGGCUGGGUGCGCGACUUCGAGCGCGUGUUCUUCAAGAUGUGGGACAUCCACUGCCAGGGCAAGGAGCCGCACGCGUUCGAGCUGCCCCCCGAGCCGUGA